ACCAUUUAGUCUAAAGCAAGUAGAUUUAAAAUGGAUCUCCGUGCCAUCUAUAGUGAUCAAAUCAUUAGUAAUCCCAAAAUUCGAUAACCAAUUAACCAUUUCUACUAUUGAUCAAUCAUAUUAUAUGUUAAUACAAAAAAUUGAAGUUUCCUCAAGUCAAGUCAACUAGAUAGAGUAGAUAUAGACAAAGUACCAUUCCAAUGGCUUCCAUUUGCAUGCAUCCACCCUAACUUCAAGGCAUGUGCCCAUUAAAAGGGCUUCAAGCCUUUGAAAAUCCCUGCCUUAAAAAACAUCUCCCCCUUCAAAGGUCAUCAUAAACCCAAUUCAAACUCAACCCAAAACCUCAAACUUACCCAAUCUCUACCCAUCAUGAAGACCCUCAUUCUCUUCUUCUCAAUACUCACCCUCCAAUUGCUCCGCGCCACGUCGGAUAGGUGCCACCCGGACGACGAGAAGGGUCUCAUGAGCUUCAAAGCUGGCAUCACCCACGAUCCGUCGGGCAUGCUCUCCCUGUGGAAACCUGGCACCGACUGUUGCCAGUGGCGCACCACGACCUGCCUCGCCAGCGGUCGUGUCAACUCGAUCUGGCUCACGGGAAGCCCUGACCAGCCCAACUCCUACUUAGCCGGUACAAUCUCUCCAUCCCUCGCGAAGCUUGAGUUCCUCAACGGACUCUACAUGAUGAACCUGAGAAACAUCACGGGCGGGUUUCCCACCUGGUUGUACGGAAUGCCCAACCUGAUGUACUUAUAUUUACAAAAUGUGCCCCUCUCGGGUCGGCUCCCCCAAGACAUCGGCCGGUUCGGAAGCCGGCUGAACGCCCUCAACCUGGCCGGGAACCGGUUCACCGGAGCGAUACCCAGUUCCAUAUCCAACCUAACCAGCCUGUCCGAGCUAAACCUCGCCGGCAACUUCCUCACCGGGAAAUUCCCGCUCGGCAUCCGCAACCUCACGAACUUGGAAACCUUGGAUCUCCAGAACAACCAGCUCGCUCGAUCCAUCCCUGAGAUCUUCUCUUCUCUCACCCGUCUCAGGUACCUCCGUCUCUCCGGCAACAAUUUUACCGGGAAAAUCCCAAACUCAAUCUCAUCCCUUUCCCCAAACUUAGAAUACCUCGAGCUCGCCCGCAAUUCCCUCACCGGCCAAAUCCCUAGCUUCCUCGGAAGCUUCCACUCGCUCGACACCAUGAAUCUCGCCUGGAACAAUCUCACCGGACCCGUACCGAAAUCGUUCAAGAAUCUCACCAAGAUCUUCAAUUUGGAUCUCUCCCACAAUUCCCUCGUCGAUCCUUUCCCUGUUAUGAACGUGAUGGGGAUCGAGACCCUAGAUCUGUCGUACAACAAAUUCCACCUGGGGAGAAUCCCCGAUUGGGCGACUUCUUCCCCGAUUCUCUACUCCCUGAAGCUGGCUAAGUGCGGGAUCAAGAUGAAUUUGACGAAUUGGAGGCCACAGCAGACGUAUUUCUACGAUUACCUCGACUUAUCGGAGAAUGAGAUCUGGGGGAGUCCGGUUUGGUUGCUGAACCAGACCGAUUAUUUGGUUGGGUUUUGGGCGUCGGGGAAUAAGCUGAGCUUCGAUUUGAGGCAGAUGAGGAUUGUGGGGACGAUGAAGGAUUUGGAUCUGUCGAGGAAUUCGAUUUACGGCGGGGUGCCGAGUUCGGUUGCCGGAUUGCGGAAUUUGAAUGUGAGCUGGAAUCAUUUGUGUGGAAGGUUGCCGCCGACGAAGUUCCCGGCGAGCUCGUUUGAAGGGAAUAAGUGUCUUUGUGGCUCCCCUUUGCAGCCUUGUAAAUAAACAUAAUUUAAAAAAUGGAGAUAAAAUAAAUGGGAUAUAGGGGAUUCAACGAUUGAUGUUCAUCUUUGCAAAAUUUCUUCAAGAAUAAAAUUCGAUCGAUGUUGUUGUCAUAUUCGAUUUGAAUCGAUUAACUUACUAAAAUGUUCGUACCUGGAUAUCAUCACUUCAUCUGCUUGUAACUAUGUAUCGUAUAAGGUCGAUUAGAUUGGUUAAAUCACGUUGUAAGCAAUAAAUUGACCGUGAAAUACCUGAUUUCGUAUUAAAAGAUAAAAAUGACGUUCUAUUUAUUCAAUGGUGCAAAGGUUCUAAUAACAAGCUCUUAGGAUGCUUGAGUACAUUGGUAAUCCAUCCAUUUCAACCAUAAUGGUGAUAUAAAAAUUUAAGAUGCUU